AUGGGAGGAUGUCAUAGCAAGAAAGUUGUAAGGCCGGACUUUGAAACCCCAGUGAGAUGCAGGUCAACAUUUGGAAGUUAUCCUUCAGAUACAGUGUCACCCGAAAACAGAACAUUGGUACACUCCCCAGACAGUGGACAGACGGUGUUUACUCUGGAACAACUGGAACACUUGGAGAGUUGCCUGAAGGAAGCAGAAGAGAGGGCUAAUGCUCUAUUGGAACAGCUUACAGCCUCUGAAGAAACAAAAUCAGAACUGGUUGAGAGAGUUUCCUUGCUGGAAAAAAGACUAGAGGAUGUGAGCCAAAUGAGUGUUGGUGGAGAGUCAUAUGAAAACAUGGUUCUUGAGAAAGACAAGUGCAUCAAGCAGCUGCAAGCUGAAGUAAAAGAUUCCCAGGAGAAACUUACAGCCAAUAAACUAAAGCACAAAAAGACAGUGAAAAAGCUACAAACUGAUUUGGCAAUAGCUAAGCAAGAGGCUGCCAUCACUGUCCUGGAACUCAAUGAGAAGAUAAAGACACUCUGUGAAGGAAAGCCUUUCCCUAGAGCGUCCAACUCAGUGGAAGUGCUCUGUGGCGGUCUCCCACCUGUGGAAGCGUGUGACAGAAAGAUUAGCCUGAUCAUGGAGCUGUCCACCCAGCUCUCCCUUCAGUCUGAGAAGAUCACUCAGCUUGAAGAAGUCUUAGAGGAAAAGGAAAGGAAGAUUGAGGAGCUGGAAGCUGAGCUCAGUUCCCAGCUUCCCCCAAAGGAAGAGAGCUGUGAAGAAGAUUUACAAGACCCCCCCGUCGUAUGUAACGAUGAUAAGAGCGUUCUCGUGGCCUCUGAUGAGUUGUAG